AUGUCACAGAGGAAUUCGCAGAUCUCCAGUCCCCGGUCCAAAUGCACAUUCAUACCGCUCAUCUUCACAGUCGGCGAGAAGCCCAACUUGUGUCCGAACGAGGAGAACCUGACGCUGAGGCCGGGCAUGUUCUGCCAAACCGACCACCAGUGCCCGCACGAGCUCAAGUGCUGCAAGAACAGCGACGGCGACAUGGGAUGCGUGCAGCCCAGGCCGAAGACGACGUGCGCGGAGACUGUGUGUGACGAGGACGCCAGCUGUCUACAGAAGCACGACGUGGCCGUAUGCGUUUCUCACACCAAGGUGGGGCACUGUCCUUUGAUCGCCACCGCCCUGCGGCCGUGCAAGAAGGCCCGCGUCCUCUGCGAAGUGGACGAAGACUGCGAAGGGGACGACAUCUUGCUGCACGGGCCGGCUGCCCGCUAG